GAGGGAAGGAAAAAACACCACCAUAUUCUGGAAGUAUUUUUCCUCUUGGAGCUCUAUCCAGAAACAGAAAAUAAAUAAUGGGGUUUUAACUAUAUAUCCACAUUUUCCCAUGAGAUAUUGAACUUUAAUAAACAAUUUUCUAUUGUAUGUUCCUUUAUUUUGUACUGAUGAUAUUUUUCAGGCUCUUUAGCCUGUUUGGGUAUUUUCAAAAGUGAAAUUACUCUAGGGGUAGGGGGAAAAAAAAGGUCAUGAGAUUUACAUUACAUUUAUCUUACUUGGACAUGUUUGCUUUUGUUUUGUCUUGUUUUGUUUUAAGGAACAAGACCACUCGAGGUGAAGGAUAAUCUACCAAUACCAGCACGUUGAAUGAAAAUUUGUUUCUCUGCCACAAACUGAACCUUUUUUCUUUUUUGGUGGGGGAGUUGAAACAAUCCUUACUUUGUGGCGUAGCAGCUAUGCAGCUUGAAAUCCAAGUAGCACUAAAUUUUAUUAUUUCAUAUUUGUACAAUAAGCUUCCCAGGAGACGUGUCAACAUUUUUGGUGAAGAGCUUGAAAGACUUCUUAAGAAGAAAUAUGAAGGGCACUGGUAUCCCGAAAAGCCAUACAAAGGAUCAGGGUUUAGAUGUAUACACGUAGGGGAGAAAGUGGACCCCGUGAUUGAACAAGCAUCCAAAGAAAGUGGUUUGGACAUUGAUGAUGUUCGUGGCAAUCUGCCACAGGAUCUUAGUGUUUGGAUCGACCCGUUUGAGGUUUCCUACCAAAUUGGUGAAAAGGGACCAGUGAAGGUGCUUUAUGUGGAUGAUAAUAAUGAAAAUGGAUGUGAGUUGGAUAAGGAGAUAAAAAACAGCUUUAACCCAGAGGCCCAGGUUUUUAUGCCCAUAAGUGACCCAGCCUCAUCAUCCAGCUCUCCAUCGCCUCCCUUUGGUCACUCUGCCGCUGUAAGCCCCACCUUCAUGCCCCGGUCCACUCAGCCUUUAACCUUUACCACUGCCACUUUUGCUGCCACCAAGUUUGGCUCUACCAAAAUGAAGAAUAGUGGCCGUAGCAACAAGGUUGCACGUACUUCUCCUAUCAACCUCGGCUUGAAUGUGAAUGACCUCUUGAAGCAGAAAGCCAUCUCUUCCUCAAUGCACUCUCUGUAUGGGCUUGGCCUGGGUAGCCAGCAGCAACUACAGCAACAGCAGCAGCCAUCCCAGCCACCACCACCGCCGCCACCACCACCACAGCAGCAACAACAGCAGAAAACCUCUGCUCUUUCUCCUAAUGGUCCAUUGAGACGGGGAGUGGUACUUGAAGUAAGGGGUCAGUAG